AUUUCAUCAUCUGCCUGCAUCUCUAACAUUUCUCCAACACAACAUGAUGAUGAUGAUUAGUUCAAUGUGGGAAUCCAUGGCUGCUUGGUUGACUCCUACUGUUCUGUUUUGUCUUACAAAUUUCAUAAUUGCUACCCUUUUCAUAGCUUCACACAAACACCAUGACCAUGGUGAUGGAGGAGACUCACCUUCACUCACUCCAUUCGCUCGGGUUUCUUCCUUCAUUGAUCGAGCCCGAUCAUCGGUUAACUUAUCUUCCUACACCACCACACAACCACAGCACCAUCAACAGCCUCAACCCAAAACACCAAAUUACAGCUCAAUGAGUCAACUCGCUCAGUCAAUAUAUUCAUCACCUGAAUUAUCGAACUCGGAAGGAAGCUCACCGAGUCCACCCAAAACACCAAAUUACAGCUCAAUGAGUCGACUCGCUCAGUCAAUAUAUUUAUCACCUGAGUUAUCGAACUCGGAAGGAAGUUCACCGAGUCAACCCGCUCGUACUCCUUUGUUUGAACGAGUUAAGUCUAUUAAAUUUUCCAAUGAGAAUGUUUCUCCAGUAGAGUCUGACUCACCGGGUCAACUCGCCCGAGUUCCUUCCUUUUUAGACCGAGUCAAAUCGUUCAAGGUAUCUUUGCCUUUUAAUAGAACCGAAAAUGUUGAUACGGAAACGGAGCAUCAUGUGAUCCGGAGCAAGUCUGAGAAGAAGCCUGCGAAGAAGUCAUUGGUGGAGAUGAAGAAGUCGCGAAGCGAGGUGAAAAUCGCGAGAAACGAGGACGAGGACGAGGAAGAGGACGUUGACUUGAGGCGACCAGCGACGACUAGGGAGAGUAGGAAUGAGUUGGAUGAAGAAGUGGAUGCGAAAGCGGAUGAUUUUAUUAGUAGGUUUAAGCAACAACUGAAAUUACAACGGCUUGAGUCGCUUGUUAGGUACAACGAAAUGUUGAACCGACGAUACAACAAGUGAUCAAGAGUUUUGGGGAUUAAGGUUGGAGAAAGUGGUCGUGCCUUUCACUAUUACUAUUAUUUACCAUGGCUGUUACUGUUAGAGAUAACGGUUUGUUAAAUUGGUCGUAUCUUACAAGAAAUGGUAUAAUUGUAAUGUGACGUUCACACCUUGUUGAUUAGUAAUUGAUACCAUAUAUUUUGUUUUAA